CUGUGCCUAUUUGCAGGCCGACUAUAAAUAGUGUGGCAGCCUACGCUUGCUCAUGUUUGAUUGGAAAGUGCCGCGGGUUGAGUCAGAGCUGAGGGGUGUCUGUCAGAGGAGGCAAAACCCUGUGAACGUCUUUGAGAAAAGUUGUCUUCAGCUGGAGAAGAAACGUUUGUUCUGGUGGACAAUGGGCUCACGGAGGAUGACGACUCGCUCCUUAUCUGCCAAUGGUGGAUCCCUGAAUGGGGACACUGUGAGGGGCAGCAGCCGAUCUGGAGGCUGCAGCUACCUCUCCAACGUCAGACCAGAAAACAGGAGCACGCUCUGCAGCGUCAUUGCACAACUCACUGAAGAAACCCAGCCCUCAUUUGAAACAACCCUGAGGUCAAGAGCCGUGUCUGAGAAGUGCCACGUCAAGUUCUCGUGUGUGGUCACUGGUAAGCGCUGCCUGAAGCAUCUAACAGACAUGACAACGCUUUACCCAAGAAAAAUAUGUUUUCUUUUUUCAGGACACCCCACCCCUCAGGUCAUCUGGUAUAAGGAUGACAUGCAGUUGGACCGAUUCUGUGGACUCCCUAAAUAUGAAAUCUUUCGCAAUGGGCAAUCCCAUUCCCUGCAUAUUUAUGACUGCUCCGUGGAGGAUGCAGCCAUAUACCAGGCCUCAGCCAGCAACGUUAAAGGCAUUGUGUCCUGCUCUGGGGUCCUGGAGGUGGGUGAAAUGAAUGAGUUUAAGAUCCACCAGCGCUACUUUGCCAAGAUCAAGCAAAAGGCCGAACACAGAUGCAGGGAGGCGGCAGGUAAAGAAAACCUGGAGCCACUGCGGCCCAUCAGCCCAGACAGGACGCAGAGGAAGCGCCGCUCCACAAUGGAGGCCUUCCCCAGCACACCCAGCUCUACGGAGGACGAGGGCAUCGAAGAGAGCAGCCAGAAUGCGGCGGCGGAGACCGAGACCAGGCUGCAGGAAGCUGCUGUGGACGAUGCUGAGGAGAAGCUGCCGCCAGUCACUGGUGGAGCAGCGUCUGCUGUGUCUAUUGCGGUGAAUGAAAAAGAGGCUGCUCAGAAGGUUUUCACUGCUCAAACGCCAAAAACGCCUUCUGUCAAGAAGAAGAUCAAAAUCUCCAGCAGUUCCAAAGCGGACGCAUCAGGAGAGAGAGUGUCUGAGGAACGUAGGAGGAAAGACAAUGUGGCCGGGGGGAACAGAGUGGACGUUAUGGAAGUAGAGAACAUUUUGGGUUCUGACUCUAAGAAAACACAGAAAAGCCAGAAAUCAGCAGCAAAUGAAGCCACUUCUAGAAGAAAGCCUUCAAAGGCUGAGGCUGUAGAGAAGAACCAGCUCAUUGCUCUUCCAGCAUCAUCCAAGAGUCAGACUGCGUCAGGAGCCGAGGGCAAACAAGCUGCCAAGCAGGAGAAGAGGGUUGGGUCCGAAGGUACCAAAGACAACCGCAGCCCCUUUAGAAUCUCAACCAAACCCAAGGUGGUGGCGCUGCCAACCUCACUGCAGCGCAUUAGUAAAGCAGGAGCUGACGUUGUCAACAUUAAGGCGGAUUCCUCUACUGGAUCUUUAUUGCACAGACGCCUUGAGUCAGCGGAGACGCCGCGUCCAAACCGGACGGCGUUACCUCAGCGUCCGUGUGGACAGGCCGGAGAUCAGCUGUCUGACAAGGAAGCAAGCCAAGCUAAUGCGUGUGAGAGGCGGAAGGCCCGGCCGAGCGAGGCUGCAGAGGGUGAGACCCAGAUGACCGGGGACGAUGCAGCUGUCGGCCUUGAGCCUCCACCCAGCUGGCCUGUGAUGGACGUCCAAGCACCGGCAGUAAAGAAAAUAGAGAGCCCAAGGGGUGACACCCAGGUUCCCUCUGUGAACCCAGCUCUACAAUUCGCCAUCGACAGGCCGACGCAGGGCACAUGGGAUCAUCCCGAGGGCUCAAGUGAAAGAAAUACAGUUACAAUACUUUCUACAGACCCGCAUGGGCCACCUGCACAAAGCCCUGGCGGGGGCGAGGGUGCUCAUGUUCCUUCCACCUUCCUGCAAAGCCAAGUUGACACCACUCUAAAAUCUGGUAAUGGGACAGAAACACAGGCUGAUAAAAGUAAAGAGGCAGUUAAGGAUGACAGCGUGGCCUCCAACGAACACACAGUUCACAUGGACACUGAAAGCGUUGCUCUGCAAAAUAUACAACACAAAGAAAGACAAACUGAAAUGACUGAGAAACGCAGUCCAGAGUCUCUGAUGGUGAAGCCCGAUGAAUGUGAGUCAGCUCAGCCACAGUCAACAAACAAACUGGAAGAAAUAAGGGAUUUUAAGGAAAUCCCCAAACCCGUGUCAAAGGUCAUAUCAAUCGCUGAACUUUUAAGAGCACAGUUAAUGGCUCUAGACUCUGUACUCGUAAAUUCUGUCCCAGUCAAAGAAAUUCAAGCUGCUGUGCAGGAACCGGCUGCAGCAGGUACAGAGACAGAGACACGUCAGCAGUUAAUGGAGGACGACAGAAAAGGAAGCCAGGAGGGAGAGGCAGUUGUAAACAUAAAAGCAACACUUAUGGAGACAGACCGGAGUACAUUGCAAAGCCGGACGCCACCUGUGGAGGUUUCACCCAAAGCUCUUCUGAUGCCUCCUGUAUCAGAGACCACAGAACUUCAAAAAUACCAUGUAAGUGUUAUGAAUGUUGGCAAUGAAAUGGAUGCAUUAACUCAGGUUCCUCAAAAAAAUGGGCCUGUUGCUACAGUCCCUGAAAGGGAAAAUAUGGAAGACACAUUUGACCCUUUGACCUCUACAGACGAGCUGAGGCGAAGGUCUGGGUGUCCUGGGAAGGUCAGUCAGACCCAAAAUAUCCAUAGUGAACCUGCCCACCAGCAAGUCAUGGAGCCAGUUCAAAGACUAACCCCUGAUAUUCAACUCAGCAAUAAAGCUGAAAGUGGAAUUAGUGAUAUGGGACCAUCAAGGCCUUUAGAUCAAUGCCCAAUGGAGGAUCACAGCAUAAGCAGCGGCUCGCUGCAGAGCACUAAAAAUGUAAAUGAGGAAAAGCCACUCCAGAGGAACAGCUCUGCAAUCGAGGAGAUUACAGCUGAAGCUCCGGAGCCCGGUCCAGUUUUAGAGAGAAGGAACUGUGUUUCUCCAGUUCCUCCUGCUACUCCACGAGAACUGGCCUCCGGGGCUCGACGCAAAGUCCUGAUACCCAAACCCGAGGAGGCCACAGAGGCCACACCGGCUGAAAACUCAACCCAGACCGGCAGGUUGUCCACCAGCCCAUCUCCGAGCCUGCCUCGUGGGUCACCUCUGCUGCAGCCGUCCGAUGAGCGAGCCUCUCCUGUAGAAAGACGUUCUCCGCUCGUCAGCAGGAGGAGGACGGCGCCGGACACGCCAGCACCAAGCCAGCGGCUCGCCGACAGCGUAUGCAGCCAGGACAACAACGGGAAGCCCGCUGAGGAGAAAAGGCAGGACCCGUUCAAAGCUCCUCAGGUGAUCCGUAAGAUCAGAAGCGAAACCUUUGCAGACGCUUCAGGACACUUGAAGCUGUGGUGCCAGUUCUUUAAUGUUCUUAGCGACUCUACGAUCAGAUGGUUCAAAAACGAAGAGGAGAUCGCCCAAAUUAGAAGAAAGGCAGGAGAUGAAACUCAGGUCAAUCUCACCAUCGUUCAAACAUCACGCACAGACUCUGGCGUUUACAGAUGCUCAAUCACCAAUGACUAUGGGACUGACUCUACAGACCUGCUGCUGAGUGCAGAGAGAAUGUCGCUCUGUGAGGAUCUUGGUGUCGGGGAGGAAAUUGAAAUGACGCCUCUGAUAUUUAGUAAGGGCGUGUCGGACACAGGCGCCUGGGGAAGCAGACUGUUUGGCCGCAUCGUGAUGCAAGAGUCUCACGUUGGUGAAGGCUGCUCUCAUAAAGCGUGGAGGGCUAAGGUCAUCUACGGCCUGGAGCCCGUGUUUGAGUCGGGUCACACGUGUGUGAUUAAAGUACCCAACCCGAUCAGCUACGGAGGCAAAGAGGACAGCUGCCUCGUGGACAGGAACCUUGAAACGGUCAAACAGGGGUGUAAAAUUCAGAACUUGGCUCGGGAAUAUUGUAAAAUCUUCUCGGCAGAGGCCAGGCUCAUAGAGAGCUUUGGGCCCUGUCUGGAGGUGAUUCCGGUCUACUUGAUGUACAGACCAGCGAACCCUGUCCCCUACGCCACAGUGGAGGCUGAUCUGACUGGAGCCUAUCAGAAAUACUCGUUCCUGGAUCCCACAGGCAGAAUAGACACAAGGACGAGCUCCUGGGUGGAGCAGAAAUGCUGCGCCCUGCAGCACUGGAUCCAUCAGUGGACCAAUGGCAACCUGCUACUCAGCCGACUGGAAGGUGUUGACACAAAGAUCACCAAUGUUGGGAUUUCAGUCAAAUCUACCGGACAUCAGGGUCUUCCUAUCGAAGGAACCCCCAAAGUGUUUGAGCAGUUUGUCUCCCUGCACCAGUGUAACUACUUCUGUGGUCUGCUCGGCCUGAGGUCGCUAAAGGUCAUGGACUCAUUGACGCCAGCGAAGCCCAAGGCUUCCAGGAGCCCCCUGCUCCAACGGAAGGCGGCCGGGGGCUCCUGCAGCCCUCAGACCGGCCGCAAAGCUGCAGGCAGCCCCAGACCUCCCAGGAAGGCUGAGCAGGAAGGCAGCAAGACGCCCACGAAAGAUGCUGUACAAUGAAGGCGUCCUGAUGGGAAACAUGUUGGAGGUUAAUACAUGACUUUACCUUCCCGUGUUAUCGAACAGCCACCAUUCCUUGUCGUGAUCACUUGUGUUGGUGUGACGCUCCCAGACAUUGGUGCCUCGCAAGUGUAAUGAGGCAUAGUGGUUUCCCACUGGUUCCCACUCAGUCCUGUACCACCAGUCUCAGGUCAGAGUGUUUGUCCUGCACAACACAAAAGGCCUAACACAUUUACAUAUCACACGCACACAUACCAGUCAUGUCCCACAGCAUAUGUGGUUAUGGCUAUGGCACAUUUUUAAAGCUGUGUUUGCAGGAAUGUAGCAUCACAUGACACUGUUGUACGGUGCAUCUGUGCUGUGCUUCUCUUUUGUAACCCGUCACGUUUACUUUCAGUUCUGCACUGCACUGCAUUGAAAGGCUGAGUUUCAGCAGACUCAGCAGCAACCCUUACGUCAAGACUAUAAAUGGCCACGCGAUCCAUUUGAUGGAACGAACUCUGUCAUGAGGUCUGAUGAGGCUCAUUUACACACUAGCUUGUAUUAAAUGCUCCACCUUAGCAGUCUACUGUAUGAACAGCGGGGAAGUGUUUAUUAUGGUCUGUAUCUUAGAUGUUUUGCUCGUGCUGCGAGCAACUGGUGUGUGUUUACAGGGUGAAAGGCCAACUCCAUCACAGGGAUCAUUUGUGAUUUCCGAUCAUCAGUGACUCAUUUUGUGUGGAAGCGAUGGCCAGGUGUGAACGCACUGAAAAUCUGCUCUUCACACCAAAUAUUCACUUAGCGUCACUUCUGAUGUAGGUUGACAACAUGAGAGUGUGAGACGUCGUCAACGGACAAAGAUCAGACAGAAGCUCUGAACGCUCCAUCUACAUGCACUCUUUUACACAUAGACUGUGUGAGCAGGUUUAGCUGGAAUCACGUUCACUGUUUUUACAUUUACAUCUAACUACACUGGGUGGUUGUGGGUGGUUGAUGACAUGGAGAAGAUUCAACCUAUGUAAAGGAGGACACUCCUGCCACCUGGUGUCAGUGCACUCACUUUACCAUUGGUGAGACAUAGGAGCAGUAAAAAGCUGUUUACUCUCACUGGGAAAUAACAGACUAGUUUGACGGUCUUCUGUGUAAAUAGCAGAACAAGUCACGGACUGAUCCUGUAUUACCCAUAUCUUUUUAAAAGCAAUUCACGUGUCUGAGCAGAACAACGUCAGAUGAUGAGACAUACAGUACUGAACCUUCAUCCCACUGUUUUCUAAAGUAAGUGGGGACAUUAUACAGAGGAAAGAUGCAGUGGCACAGCUCAGAUGAGGGGCUUUGUGUUAAUACGCACAUUAUUGCCCACGAUAAGACGCAGCAAAUGAGAGAAUAUUCAGUGUCUGACUGGAGGAAUGUUUCAUGUACAUUACGGUCUGACUAAUUGCUGUUUCCUCUAAUAAGUCAUGAUGUUGAGUUAAUGUGAAGUUCCAGCUCUCUUCCAGAUCACAUUAAACACUGGCAGCGCUUCACACAUUGUGCGGCAAAGUGUGAAAACAG